AUGUCAUUAUUCGUGGAAGAUGAUGAAGAUGUGACGGAGCAACAACAGCAAUUGCUUGACCAACAAGAUUUCGAUGAAAGAAGUGAAAGAUUAAAUCCAUUACAAUCACAUAUUGAACCACCACAAACCUCACAACCAAAAGAAAAAGAAAACGAGCAAGAACAACCACAAUAUCCAGUUGUUUAUGAUACAGCAGAAUCAGUUCCUGUAUAUCCGGAAAGAGAAGUUAAUUGUACUUUAAAUCUACGGUUUCAACAAGAAAUUUUGGAGGAUAUGCUAUCUAAAGAUUCAUUAUUAAUUCUAGGAAGAGGAUUAGGUUGGGAGACUAUAACUGCUAAUUUAUUAUUUUCAUUGAGUGCACCAUUCAUUCAAUUGAGUAAAAGACAAAGUAGGAAAACUUUGAUUUUCUUGUUGAAUGCAAAAGAUCAUGAAAUUGUUAGAUUAGGUGAAGAAAUUGAUGAUUUAAAUUGGCUUAAUGAAGAUAAUAAUCAAUGUAAAUUUACACCACUUGCCGGUGAUGCUACUUCAUCAAAGAGAAAAACGAUAUAUGAACAAGGAGGUAUAAUAUCUAUAUCACCAAGAGUCCUAAUAGUUGAUUUACUCUCUGGGACAAUAAAUAUUAACGAAAUUACGGGUUUAUUCGUGUUACAUGCAGAACGUAUAAGAGAAACUUCAAAUGAUGCAUUUAUAAUUAACGUGUUUCGUGAUAAGAAUGAAUGGGGGUUUAUAAAGGCACUUUCUGAUGAACCUGAAUCUUUUAGAGGUUUUACUCCAUUACAAUCAAAAUUAAAAAUUUUAAGAUUAUCAAAUGUUAUACUAUGGCCAAGAUUUCACGUUACUGUUACACAAUCCAUACUAUAUCAUAAUAAAAAGGAUUCCAAAUUAUUGGUUACUGAAAUCAACACUAAGCUAUCUUAUAAAAUGAAUAAAAUUCAAGCUGCUUUAUUAGCUUGUAUUGAAGCAUGUCUUAGAGAAUUAAAAAGACAUAAUCCAACAUUAGCUACUGAAUAUUGGGAUAUUGAAAAUAUUCAUGACCCAGAUUUUGUUGUUAUAAUAAGAGCUUCAUUAGAUUCUCAAUGGCAUAGAUUGACUUUUACAACAAAACAAUUAUUAAAUGAUAUUGGUUUAUUGGUUGAUUUAUUAACUGAUUUAGUUACUUUAGAUUCUGUUACAUUUUAUCAAAUUGUCAAAAAUAUAUUGGAUCUAAAUUUGAAACUGCAAGCCGUGGGGAUGAAUAGAUCAAUGAGUCCCUGGUUGAAUCUUGAUGAGUCUCAUACUGUUAUUGGAUACGCUAAGGAAAGAGCUUUAGGUCAACAUAAUGGUGAAUACUUGCUAGAGGAACUACCUAAAUGGAGUCAGUUGGGACAAUUAGUUGAUGAUAUAUAUCAUGAAAAAUCUAUUAGUGGGAAUUAUGAUCAAGAAGGUGGUAGAAUAUUGAUUAUGUGCUCGAGUAGGAAAGUGGCGAACCAAUUAAAUAGGUUGCUAGCGUCAAUGAAAGAGAUAAAAAGAGGUGAUUUUAAACAUUUUUCAUUUAGAUCGUAUAUGAUAAACAAGUUGAAAGAUUAUCUACAAUUUAAGGAGGUGAGUAAAUUAGUUAAAAAAAUAUCAACUGAUUUGGAUAAAGAAGAAGAUGAGAAUGAACAAAAAGCUGAAGAGACUGAAAUUAAUGUUUCCAAAACUUUUUCUAGAAAUGGUCAACCAGUAAGUAAACGAAGAAGAACAAGAGGUGCAAGUGUAGCUGCUCGUGUUAACCAAUUACAUUCAAUAGCUGAUCCAAAUGAAGAAUCAACCACAAACGAAGAUGAUUUGAUUAAUCAAAUGAUAGCUGAUGAAGAAUUAACACAACAAGAAGAAGAAAACCCAGAAAAGGAAAACCUACCUGAAGAUUUUGAAAUUAUUGAAGCAUUUGAUACAAAUACUUUGAAAUUUGAAUGGAUAAACCCUAAUGAUCAAAUUAUGAUACAAGUAUAUAAUGAUAAACAAGGUUCAUCAUUUUUAGAUGAACUUUCGCCUACUCAUAUAAUAAUGUAUGAACCAAAUUUAUCAUUCAUAAGAAGAAUAGAAUUAUAUCAGUCAAUAAAUCAUGAAAAUCCCGCUAAAAUAUAUUUUAUGUAUUAUGGAAAUUCAGUUGAAGAACAAAAACAUUUGUUAAGGAUCAAGAAGGAAAAAGAAGCAUUUACAAAAUUAAUCAAAGAAAAAGCCAAUCUAAGUAAACAUUUCCAAACUUCAGAUGAUAACUAUAAAUUCCAGUUACAAAAAAAUCAAGUUGUUAACACAAGAAUAGCUGGUGGUGCAAAUUUUAGAACAGAAACUGAUGAAAUGAGAGUUAUAGUAGAUGUAAGAGAAUUUGGUUCAUCCUUGCCAAACUUAUUAUAUAGAAUUGGAAUUCAAGUUAUACCUUGUAUGAUAACGAUAGGUGAUUAUAUAGUAUCACCUAAAAUAUGUGUUGAAAGAAAAUCAAUACCUGAUUUAAUUCAAAGUUUCAAAAGUGGAAGAUUAUUCAACCAAUGUGAACAAAUGUUUAGACAUUAUGAAUUACCAACAUUAUUAAUAGAAUUUGAUGAGAACAAAUCAUUUUCAUUAGAACCAUUUUCUGAAUCCAAAUUUUUAAAAGCUAAAUCAAAUGCAACUGCUACAAAUCAAUCGAUAGAACUGAAAUUGAAACAAAGUGUACAAUCUCAAAUUUUUGCUUUGUUAUAUUCAUUCCCGAAAUUGAAAAUCAUAUGGUCUUCGUCACCUUAUGAGACUGCACAAAUCUUCCUAGAGCUAAAAUCAAAUCAAGAAGAACCAGAUGUAGGUACAGCUUUAGAUAAAGGUGUAAACAAAGCAUUAGUUACAGAAGAUGGAGGUCCACCUGUUUUCAAUGAUGAACCAAUAGAUUUCAUACAAAAUAUACCAGGUAUCAACAACGUGAAUUAUUAUUUGGUUAUACAAAAAGUUAAAAGUAUUGAAGAAUUUGUUCAAUUAACUCAAGACCAGCUUAUUGAAAUAUUGGGACAAGAAAAUGGUAGGAAAGUUUAUAAUUUUUUAAAUAGAUCUAUAUCUUAA